ACACACCGAAGGCAGGGUGUAGACCAACCCCACGGUCGGGUAUCAUCGCAGACACAUUGGAUUAUAGCAUCUAGUGAAUGUGUAGUGUGAUUCUCGACAAGUUUCAAUUAUUUCAUAAUUUGGAAAUUAACAUUUUGGAUCAUUUUGUGAAAUUUCAUAAUGCAUUAAAUUUUGUUUAAUUCGGCACUUUUUUCACGGGAUAUUUUGCUCCGGUCUGUUUGCGUGUAUGGAAUUAUGAGCAGGAUUUAGUGUGGAGAAAAUUCUGAGGAUAUAGUUAACAUACAAAGUUGUAAGAGUCACCAUGGCGACAGUACGCUGGUUGUCAUGGUUACUAAUGAUAUGCGCUACGUGUCGACAGGUGAUUUGUGUGGAGGUGGACCUUUCACAGCCUUUGGAUUUGGUGUUUUUGGUUGAUUCAUCGGAGACCAUAACGGGAUCAAACUUUAAUAAAAUUCUACAAUUUAUGGCUGAAGUUGUCGAAGAUGCUUCGGUUGAUUCCGGCGCAGUUCGUGUUGCCGUGGUAACGUUUGGUGAUACUACUGUGAUACGUUUCGGCCUUGAUGAAGUCAGUAAUAAAGAGGAGCUUUUAGAAUUUGUUCAGGAAACGACAUUAGAUACCGGAAAUACAUUUAUAGCAGAUGCACUACUUGCAGUGCGGACUAAGGUAUUUAAUACGGACGGUGAUAGGCCGGAAGCUCGAAAUGUUUUAUUAGUAAUCACAGACGGAGUGUUCGACCUGGAAUCUUCAAGAACAAUGAUAGAAGCGGAAACUAGUAAACAACAGGGAAUUGAUAUCUACGCCAUAGGAAUAGGACUGUUUGAUGUGAGACAACUGGAUAGGCUGGUAUCUAAACCACUGGAAAAUCAUAGAUUCCUCAUAGAAAAUUUCGGAUACCUACAGGAGGCCAAGAGUUUCGUAUUUAUUGAUGAGGGGGAUGAAUUUCUAGACCCGUUUGGAGAACUUGACGGAUUCGACCCGGAUGAUUUUGAUGACCUCGGCACGUUUGAAGGUUGCGGAAAUAAGCCUAUGGACAUCGUGUUGCUAGUUGACACGUCGGAUGCAUACGAAAUGAACAAUGAGACUUAUCUAACAAUUAGAGACUUUCUCAUCAAAUUCGUCAAAUUCGCUAAUGUGAGUUACGAGGUAACUCGGAUAUCUCUGGUGACUUAUAGCACAAGCCCAACAGUCCAUUUCCGACUGGGGGAGAUCAAUACGGCCCAAGGAGUUCAGGACGCUAUCCGGUCCGCACGAUUUUCUCCAGGAGAGAGGAACUUAGCCGACGCCCUUGACGCCUUGAGAAGGAGGGUAUUUUUUGAGUAUUACGGAGAUAGACCCCAGGUUCCAGAUAUGGUCAUUCUAAUAACGACGGGGAGGUCUAACAGACGCGUGACACAGAGCUUUCAGUACGCCCAGGCCCUCAAGGACAUUGGCGUGAACGUCAUUGGCAUCACGUGGAGCGAGGGUGGAAAACAAGAGUUAUCGUCCGUGGUUUCCGAGCCGGCGUAUGCUAAUUUAUUCAGCCUCGACUCCAUUAGUGAACUCCACAUAAUGACAGAACUGGUCGUAGCACAAGUUUGUGAAAGUUCGGAUGCAGCAUAUCUUACACCCGUGGAAGGUAGUGAUGACGUCGACCUUGUGUUCCUGGCCCACUUCUCCAACCAACUUACAUCCGCUAACUUCGCCAAGAUCACGUCCUUUAUGGCCGAACUAAUUGAAGGAGCGGAUGUUGAUUUGGACUCCGUCAGGGUUGGUGCCGCCAUCUACCAAGCGGAAGGUACAGUACUUUUUAAACUAGAUGCUUUCAGGGGCGACAAGUCCGGACUUAUUGAAGCCAUACGAGGUAUCAAGCUUAGCUACAGAUCUUCUGAUACCAAUUUGGCUGCUGGUUUAAAUCUCGUCCGCACUGAGAUGUUUGAUGUAAACAAAGGUGACAGAGAGAAUGUGCCGAAUGGCCUCAUCAUCAUCACAGACGCCAAUUCCGACUCUCAAUACUAUCCCGAACUAGAAUAUGCGUCCGCCCUGGUCAAGGAUGCUGGGGUGACGGUGUUUGGUAUUGGUAUCGACUUGCGCAAUACUGAUGAGAUGAAUAUGGUAUCGACGAGUCCGCAAAUGAGCUACGUCCUGGGGAAUGUUGAUCAGCUUCCAAGCAUGGUCCAGGAAAUGCGACAGAAACUGCCUUCACUGACAUUCGUAUUACCAGAGGAAAUUGAUACUUUACCGCCUACGACGGCAGCUACUCCAGAACCAACUACAGAACGAACGACGCCCGAGCCUACCACCAGGCUACAGAGUAGUCGAGAGGCAGAUAUCGCAGUUCUUUUCCACGUGGGACAUAAAACAAAGCUGAGAGAUUUGAACAAAAAGCUGAAAAUAUAUCUUUCAAACUUAUUUGCGAAAGCAAAAAUUAGCCCAGAUAUGCUUCGCGUGGCACUGGUCAAUUACGGUACAACGGCCAACGUGCUGUUUGAUUUUAAUGCACAUAGCAGAAAACCCCAGGUUCGAAGCGCAAUCAAAACCACCAUCAAAGGUAACUUACGGAAAAGUCGAGCAAAUUUAGGCGAAGCUUUAAGCAAGAUAAGGACAGGUUUAUUUGUGCCUGGCGCAGGGUCUCGGAUAGACGAAGGAGUCCCUGCGGGUCUCAUCAUAGUUACCGACAUGGUGUCCUCAAAUGAUGGAUUUGACUUUGAGCAGGAAAUGACGUCACUAAAACAAAUGGGUGUGGCGGUGUUUGGAGUCGGCAUUGGUUCGAGCGACGUUCAUGACGAGUUACGGCAGUUGACCUCAGAUCCGACAAGCGAUUAUUUCCAAGCCUUUCAGACUUUUGGCGAUUUGUUAACGGAUGCUGCCCCGGUUAAAAAUAUAGUCAGUCGGGUGAGAGCUAUGGGAGGAAAAUUUAAACGUCAACCCCCGACUACGGCCCCAGCUCUAAGCACUACUGUAGCACCGAUGUCCUUAUCAGUGAGCGAGGAGGCUGACAUAGUCAUCGCUGUACACUCGUCCAUCACCGCCACCCCGAGUCAUUUCAACAUUUUGCUGGAGUUCCUAGCUGAGUUGUACGAACAAGCUGAUAUAGACGGUGGCCGUGUCAAAGCCGGUGUCUUGUUUUACGGUUCUGCAGCCACGCCUAUAUUCUACCUUGAUCAAUUCAACAGUUGGGAUGAUGUCUUUGUAACAAUUUCACGGACAAGCAAUGCUCUGCGAAGUAAUGUAGUGGACGCCUCACGAGCCAUGAAAAGGGCCUCUGACAUGUUUGCUGCUGCAAGAGGAGGAUCAAUCCCAAAGGCGCUUAUUAUGGUCACAGAUGCGGCAUCCAAUGAAAACAUUCUUAUGAUUCCCGCACGGAAAGAAGCAUUGAUAAAUAAUGGUGUCUCCAUCUACAGUGUGGGAAUAGGGUUACCAGAGAAGGAGGAGCUGGAAUCUCUAGCUAGUGCCAGCGAGAAUGUUUUUAGUGUCAUUGGUUAUGACCAACUCCCUAGAGCUGCCCAAGACAUCAAGCGAGAGAUACGUUCAUUACAAACAAUGCCGGAGCGUGUGACAGUUCCUCCAGUAACAUCCACACCCAAUCCUGCUGAACCGGUGGAGAAGACCACGUCGCCAACCAGUUCGUCAGAGCCAAUACGUAUUACGUUUCCACCUGCGGGCGGAGAAAGCUGUAAAUCCGGCCGCGUUGACCUCGUAAUAGUUCUUGAUUCCUCGACCAGUGUCGGUAACGAUAACUUUCAGCUCAUGAAGAACUUUGUGAAAGAUCUAGUCAGCAAGGCAGAUAUAAACUCCGGAAACGUCCGCGUCGGAGUGCUACUAUACAGUUCCGCUGUCAGUGUGCAGUUCCAAAUGAACCAGUACCAAACCAAAGCAGACAUCCUCUCAGCCAUUGACGAAAUAAUAUAUAUUUACGGAAGUACGAACACAGCGGAUGGUUUACUGACGAUGUGGAGUGAAAUGUUCACACAGGCCAAUGGCGACAGAGAUGGUGUGGAUGACGUUGCCAUAGUGAUAACUGAUGGUGUGUCCAAUAUCAACUCCUUCCGGACAAUACCAGAGGCGACUAAUGCGAAAAACAAGGGUAUUCACAUAUAUACUGUCGGUAUCGGCCUCCAGGAUACAACAGAGGUGGAUGCCAUAGCAACAGCUCCAGCUUCUGAAAACAGCUUCAAUGUGGACAGUUUUGCCGAGCUAGUUAACCUGCACGAACAAAUUUUCUCCUCAUUUUGCCCAGGUACAUCAUUAGAGUGUAGCUACCCCUUUGGAUGUCCAAGACGUGUUGCUUUAGCUCAUUCCUUCUGUCCUUGACCUUUUCGAUAUCUUAAACAUUUAACGUUAUGGACUAUUUGAAGAAGACGUAAUUUUAAAGUCAAUUUUCCAGAAGUCUUUUUUUUUAUUAUUAAAAUUGCGAAAUAUUU